AUGCCGUCCUAUAAAGUCGUCAAGAAGAGGGCAACGACCAGACAAAGAAUGAUGAACGCGAUCCUUGACUUACAAGAUCAAGCACACAAGCCCUCCCUCUCCCAGCUAAAGACGUCAAUUGCAAGUCUCACGUCAACAAUUCAAGCAGACCAGCCCGAGCUACCGACAAUUGCAAUUUCUUCUUUGAAUCUCGGCGAUGUCCAAGUUAUGCUCAAGUUGAAUCAUUCACUGAGCAACCUUGAGUUCCGUAACAAAGCUGUCCCCGAUCUAUGCAUUGACUCGCUUCUGACACCGGCGGAGAAACAUUGGGCAACAGAGUUAGAGGUUUCAUGCAUCGUGUGGGUUGUCCGCAAAAUCCACCAUAUGAUCGAGGCAGCUCCAGAACAUUUGACAACCUACUUGUGUUCGCCCAUCACUAUGUCACCUCGCAACCUGCCAGCAUUUCUACGGACUUGA